AUGACGAUGGCUAAAUUAGUGGAUGAAGUUUCUGCGUCGCUCAGCAGUCUGGUAGACAGUCUUCACUCCUCUGAGGGGGGGCUGCUGGUUUUUAAAGAAGAGGCAGUAGGAGGGGAGGAUGAGUAUGGAGGGAAGCAUGAUGAAGAUGAUGAACACGGUGACGUCUCUCCAUCGCACUACGUGGCCACUUUACGCACGCACCCGUUGGCGUUUACCGGCAGGUUCUCGGUGGAGCCCCGGGGAGGAGCAGGACCGUGGAGCUCAUCAGUGGACAUCAUCAACGUGGUCAGUGCUGACAUCGCUGCAGCUGCUUCUCCGUCAGCGUCACCUGAUAUUUACGCAGCAGGAGCAGGAGGAGGAGGAGACGGCACCAUGGCGCACGGGCCUCCAGACAUCACCCACAUGUAUGCACACCCCCACCCUCACCCCCACCCCCACUCCCACUCCCACUCCCACUCUGCACCCUCCUACUCCUGCAGCGGGGACAUGUACCAGGACCAAUCUGGAUACUUGGCCACCUCUUACCAUCCGCCCCCGUCCUACAGCUCAGCCCCCAAACCUGCAGUGGACGCCCCCCCCGCGCCCCCGCUGCUCUCCAUCAUGCCGGACUACGGAGGCUUCUACCCGCAGAGCUGCCAGAGAGAGCUCCACCAGGCUGCUUUCCCGGAGAGGAAAUCCCUCCCGUACCCGCUGGACUCCCUCCGCGUGCCUCCACCUCUCACUCCUCUCAACACCAUCAGGAACUUUACGCUCGGCGCGCCAUCGCCGGCCGCUGAUGGCCCGCUGGCCGCAGCUUUCCCCACCCACCAGAACCUCCCACUCCCACUCAGACCCAUCCUCAGACCUAGGAAGUACCCGAACCGACCCAGUAAGACGCCGGUGCACCAGAGGCCGUACCCGUGCCCUGCGGAGAGCUGCGACCGGAGGUUCUCCAGAUCGGACGAGCUGAGCCGGCACCUGCGCAUUCACACCGGACACAAGCCGUUCCAGUGCCGGAUCUGCAUGCGCAACUUCAGCCGUAGCGAUCACCUGACCACGCACAUCCGCACGCACACCGGAGAGAAACCCUUCUCCUGUGAUCAGUGCGGGAGGAAGUUUGCCAGGAGUGAUGAGAGGAGGAGACACAUGAAGAUCCACCUCAGGCAGAAAGAGAAGAAGUCGUCUGCGUCCUAAU